AUGUCCCCUCCAACAGACAUCAGCGGUGCUGCCCGCAACCUGACAGACCAGGUCUCAACCAGCUUGAAUCUCUCCGUCUCGCCAUCAGCAGCCCAUCUGUCUCCUCUCUCCAGCUUCGAUGCUCGAGCAGCAAGGCAGACUGCCGCCUCCCGCCUCCCGCCAAAGCUCCUCAAGCCCUUCGCUACACAGGAUAUCAAGGUGCUGCUGCUGGAGAAUGUCAACAUCACCGGACGCAGCAUGCUCUCGGAGCAAGGUUACCAGGUCGAAUUCCUCAAGUCUUCGCUGCCAGAAGACCAAUUGAUCGAGAAGAUCAGGGAUGUGCAUGUGAUCGGUGUCCGAUCCAAGACAAAACUGACGGAGAGAGUGCUUCGGGAGGCUCACAACCUGCUGGUCAUCGGUUGUUUCUGUAUCGGAACGAACCAGGUCGACCUCCAGUAUGCUGCCAACAACGGUAUUGCCGUGUUCAACUCUCCGUUCAGCAAUUCUCGCAGUGUUGCUGAGCUGAUGAUUGCUGAGAUCAUCACCCUCGCUCGUCAAUUGGGUGAUCGUUCGCUUGAGAUGCAUAAUGGGACCUGGAACAAGCUCAGCAAUAAAUGCUGGGAGGUUCGUGGCAAGGUUCUCGGUAUAAUUGGCUACGGACACAUCGGGUCCCAGCUCUCUGUCCUGGCAGAAGCCAUGGGCAUGACAGUCAUCUACUACGAUGUAGUCAACCUGAUGGCUAUGGGGACUGCCCGCCAGGUCCCCACGAUGCAGGAACUGCUCAACACAGCCGACUUCGUCACGCUCCAUGUCCCCGAGCUACCAGAGACCAAGAACAUGUUCUCCACCGAACAGUUCGAGCAGAUGAAAGACGGCAGCUACCUUCUCAACGCCAGUCGUGGAAGCGUUGUCGACAUCCCUGCCUUGGUCCAGGCCAUGCGCACCGGGAAGAUCGCCGGUGCAGCCUUGGACGUCUACCCCCACGAACCUGCAGGGAACGGCGACUAUUUCAACAAGGAUCUGGCGCCUUGGGCCGCUGACCUGCGGGGGUUGAAGAAUAUCAUCCUCACCCCACAUAUUGGAGGUAGCACAGAAGAGGCGCAGAGUGCCAUCGGUAUCGAAGUCGGACAGGCCUUGAUAAGAUAUGUCAACGAGGGAUCGACCCUUGGCGCCGUCAACAUGCCAGAGGUCACUCUUAGAUCUUUGACCAUCGAUGAGCCAAACCAUGCCAGAAUUAUCUUUAUCCACAACAACGUGCCUGGUGUGCUUCGGAAAGUUAACGAAAUUCUCGGUGACCACAACGUUGAUAAACAGAUGACUGACAGCAGAGGAGACGUCGCCUACCUGAUGGCUGAUGUUAGCAGCGUUGAUUCUGAUAACAUCAAGGAUCUAUAUGAUCAACUCGAGGGUCUCUCAUCGCGAAUCAUGACCCGUAUCCUCUUCUGA